UCAGUAAAUACCCUAUAAGAAAUAGUCGUGAAAGAUAUAAAUACAUAGUUGUAAAAUGAACUGUAAUUUUUCAAUUAAAUUGUAUUUAUAAUUAGCAGUAGGCAAGAAUUAAUUUCAGAUUAAAAAUUCCUGUAUAUAUAAAUAAUCGUAACAUUGUACUUAUUUUAAACUAAGUUUGUAGCUGACAGUUGUCAAGAAUUACUUUCAAAUUUAAUAUUUUUAUGAAUGAAUGUGAACAUGUAAUUAUUUAUUUCUUUUCAAAAGAAUUGUAGUAUCGGAACGUACUGGGAAUUUUGUAUUAAAAUGUUUCCGUCAAUGCGCAUUACCAUAUGGGGGGCGGAACGGCGGUUUCGAUCCAUUUGUGUGGGAGGGUAAAAGGCCAGUGCGAAGUGCAAGGAAUAGUUCAAUUAGAAUCAUUUAGGACUAAACUAUUUUCUAUUUUAAUUGGAACGUUAAAAAGUUUGGAAUACUUCGAAAUACAUUUCAACAGCAUUUAUAUCUCCGAGACUGUGAUUUUAGGAUUGAAAUAGUCGUGAUAAUGAUCUGAAACUUUAAGAUAUUCUACUCCCUCAUUCGUAGCAAUAUAAAAUUUAUAUCGAGUAUUUAAGUAAUUUAUAAAGUGAUCACAAGUCAUCAUUAUGGUGGAGUACUCGACAAGUGUUAUCGUGAUAACGAAACAUAUCUUCCUAUUUUUAUUUCUGCUGAGUCAAGUGAAUAGUCAACAUGAAGAGGACACUGUACACACUGUGCAAUACAACAAAGACAAUUUCGCAACAGAAAUUAAGAAAAAGAAUCACUUUGUCAUGUUCUUUGCACCUUGGUGUGGAUUUUGCAAGAAACUAGAACCAACUUGGGAGCUACUAGCAGAGAUAUCAAACGAAGAAGACGAUAAUAUAAAAAUUGCUAAAGUAGAUUGUACUACUGAUAGCAGUUUAUGUACUGAACACGAUGUCACUGGUUAUCCUACGCUAAAAUUUUUUAAAGCUGGAGAAACCAAGGGGACUAAGUUUAGAGGUACAAGAGACUUGCCAUCUCUGAUUUACUUUUUAAAUGACCAAUUAGGAACUGCUCUUGGGGUUGCAGACAUCGUACCGUUCCCUCCAGAAGCAGUAAAUGAUUUGGUAGAAUUAACAGAGGACACUUUUUAUAAACACGUGUCCUCUGGUUAUCAUUUUGUAAAGUUCUAUGCACCGUGGUGCGGUCAUUGUCAGAAGUUAGCACCAACAUGGGAGGAAUUAGCAAACAGUUUACGCAACAAUGCGAUUGUUAGCAUAUCUAAAAUAGACUGCACUCAACACCGUAGUGUCUGUGGGCAGUUCGAUAUAAAGGGUUAUCCAACAUUACUUUGGAUCGAAGAUGGUAAAAAGGUGGAUAAAUAUUCAGGGCAACGUAGCCAUGAAGAAUUAAAGGCUUAUGUAUCGAGAAUGCUUGAGAAGAGUAAUGAUCAAGAGAACGUUCAGACUGAUAAUUCAGACAAUACACACAUUCAAACUGUAUUCAGCUUGACUGACGAAAGUUUUAAGCAUGGUAUUGAAACAGGAAUCUCAUUCGUUAUGUUUUUCGCUCCUUGGUGUGGCCAUUGUAAACGUCUAGCACCGGUUUGGGAGGAUCUUGGAAAGAAGUUUCUCGGUAACGAAGAUGUGAACAUAGCUAAAGUGGACUGCACGCUCUACGCGAACAAAAACUUGUGCAACGAACAAGAAGUAGAGGGUUUUCCUUCGCUCUAUUUAUACCGCGAUGGACAGAAAGUCUCCGAAUACGAUGGUCCUCGCGGCUUAGACGUUCUCCACGAGUUCGUGUCGAACCACUUACAGCAGUCGAACCACGACGAACUAUGAUUAUAUAUUUAUCUUCUAUUGAACUUAAUUCCGCGUCGAGACCGAUAACUUAACGCUGUCUCUUAAACGCAAUCGUGUAAUACUUAAUUUAAUCAUAUACGAAUGUACGAUAUGUCAUACGAAGACAACCCCGAGGUAUCCAGGCUAUAUAUUUUUCAUUUUUGUAUGAAAACAUCAAAACGAAAAUGUUAUAAAGCGAUUAUACACAAAUAAUAGGAACUACUAUAUUUUUGGCGCGGUUAAGUGGGUGUACUUCCGAAAUACAUUUAUAGAAUCAACGUAAUGUAUCCAUCAAGUCUUAAUCUCCAUUGAACUUCACGUUUGUAUAACUUUUCCAAUACGUCCCGCGCCGUUUUCCAAGAUCUAAUCGCGGAACAAGGUUUUACACUUAAUAGAGAUACAGUAUCCAAUAUACAGGGUGUUCCUAAAUUGUGUGGCCAUUGUACUUAAUUACUCCAUUUUCAUUAAUCGCGUUUGUGAGAAUACGAAUCCAAAGAUUCUUAUUUUCUUAAAUUGUAUCCUUGAAAGAUACACACAGUUCGUCUUAACAUUAAAACUACCAAUAGUUUUUUAAAAUCCCUCUACAAAAACAAUCCAAGAGGGCAUUCAUUGAAACUUUAAUUGAUUCAUGAUUCAGUUUAUUAAAUAAUUUCUUAGAGAAAUAUCCGUUAUCUUUUUAAUAAUCACAAGAUCUCAGGAAUCACUCGUUUUGAUCCGUCUGGUAGUUUCAGUGUUAAACAGAUGUAAUUAACACGUGGAAUGCCAUGGGGGUCACCGGUGACCCCCAACCAAAUUACAGUGAUUGAAAACAUUUCUAUAUUAUAAUGCUACCUGAUGCGGUAACAUUCAGCUAGAUCAAUAACGAUUCAAUCAAGUGAUUUAUUAUUAUAUUUUCUCCAUUCUAUGCAUUGUACUCUAUGAAAUCAUGCGGCGUUCAACGUGUUAAACAAAGUCAAUAUCGUCGUUCCGAUAUUCGGCCAAGAAUAUUUGCUUCCUAAAAGUUGCGAAGUGACUUGAUCCCUUGCCCUAUUUCUUUCUGAACUGUGAUCAAUGUAACUACUUUGUUAUUAAUGAUUUAUUGAAGAGAAAAUUCCAGUUUUAUUCUAUAUGAACGUGUGCUCUAAGACAUAAUCAUUGACAACAGAGGAAUAAUAUGCAAUUUGCCUUCAAACAAAUUGAACAAUCUUUGUUAAAUUCAUGUAUUGUAAGGCAAGGGGUUAAAAAACCGGUACAUUCCAGCGAGCACCGCGGCCGGGCAAUUUAGCAAGACCCUAUGCACCGUGGACCAAAGGAGGAUCUCAGAGACGUGUUAAUCAUCAUACCGAGAUAAUAAUAUUCCAUUAAAAGCCGGACAGUGUCGUGGCCGACGGAUAAAACGAGCGCAACAAUUGGCCACGCUGCUUGUCCAAGUACAAUGUUUUCCGUUUUACGAUGAUUUCUCGUUCAAGGUCGCUCCUAGCCUUCACCAGGCCCGCCUGAGUCUGCUCAGCCCGCCUCAGCUCGGCCAACAUGGCCGACGUGCGUUCGUUUAGCAUCUUCACUUCUUCCACGAGUCUGAAAUACGAUACAGUUGGAUUAAGUGCUCGUAAACAGCAUUCAAUGACCUCAAAUCGCUGUUUAAGCCCUCGUGAGCUUUGAUAUUCACUGGCGUGUUUUCCGAAUGAUUAGAUAACGGCUGAUUAACACUUUGAUUGCCGUGUUACCCAAAUUUUGGCGACUCUAUUUUUACAUAAUCUUGAACAUGAAUUUUCUUGGUGACGUAACGAAGUUUUAUUGGAUGAGAUAUAAGGAAGACAGAGCAAUUAUUACGAAGAACCAAGGACUCUUUGGUUUCUUGUUUAUUAGGGAAACUGUUUUGAUAAGUGUUCACUCGCCAGUCAAAGUGUUAACGUAAUACUCACGCGAAUUGAGACGUGUCGCGACAGUUUUCAAUAUUACGCCGCCGUAAUCUCUCCGCUAAUCGUGUUUGUGCAACCUUCAUCGCGUAAUCUAGGCCCCUCGCGGACUGACGAAGAUCUUCGAUCGCUUUUUCGGUGUUCGCCAGCUCGUGCAGACACUGUAAUCAUUCCAGAUGUACGGGCCGCUCAAUGUUAAUCUGUCCACACUAUUAUUUCUCGAACUGCUCGUUGUUCAAAGAGCAUUGGACAAGUUGGCUAGGCUGGCUAGAUAGACGUUUCUCUAAGAAUGAAUUAAUUAACACUAGAACUACCGGAGAAUAGCAACAAUUAUUCACUAUCUGGCGUUACGAUCUUUGCGUUACACUAUCAACUUAGUUACGUUAACCCUUUGACCUGCAAUGUCGACUCGUGACGAAAAUUUGAAACCGAAUCUGACAAAUCUAAGUGUCAUUUAUUAUUUUAAAAUAUAAAUUAAAUAUUACUAUUAACGAUCGUUGACCAUUCGAGUAAACGCAGAGUAAGCAUCAAAAUUGCUCCUUUUCCUAAUAAAUCAUUAACGAUGAAGUAGUCGUAUCAACUACUAGUAAUAGUUAACACGUUGUUGACCGGCAAUCCAAAUGAACUUCAAUAUACUUUAUUUACAUACAAUGAAUUGAAAUAUAAUCUUGAAUAUUUUGCGUUCGCAAUGUUCUAUAUUGCCCUGUGUUUCAAAAAUUGAAAUAACUAAUGCAAACACGAAUUUCGUGACCGGUCAAUGCGUUAAAUAAAUCGUAGUACAAGGGGUUAAAUAUUUUGAAUCGACAUCGUUUAUCUCGCACGUUACGAUUGUUUUCGAGUAAUUCAGGAGCGUCAGUCUUCCAAGAUAAUUGAAGGCCACUGUAUCCUCCUCGCUUAAAAAAGAAUUCGGUUUACACGUCUGCGAAGAAGAAGCUUCGGGAGAUAACAGUGUGGAUAGACUAAAGUGGGGCGUCCCAUUCAAAGAACAUUGUUUCUAUUUGCUCUGACGAUUUCGAAGGUGCAACGUAAUCAUAAUGAGCCGUCGUGACGAUAAAACUCACGCGGAGCAGUUCUUUCUCCAACUGUUGACACAUCUCUUCCGUGAGCUUGAUCUUCCCGCCGAGGGCUAGAUCAACGCGCGUCGCCUGAUCGCGUAGAUCCCUCACGGAGUUCGCGAAAAUGGCGUCCAGGGUGGACCGCAGGUUCACCGAUUUCUGCCUGGCUGCCUCCGCGUCGGUCAAGCUCUCGCGCGUGUAAUGUUCGCAGCUGGCUGGCGUCGAUUGUCUGUCGAGGAAAGAACGUCGGGAUCUUGCUUCGACGCGGACACGUUUUAUACACUGAUUUACAAUUAUUCACGGGUGUUUGUUCACGUUCUCGAGAAACAUUGGAACAUGGAAUACAUUAUAUGAUUCACUGAACCUCUGUGCUUGUAGCUAUCUCCUUUCCUUUUCGUCAAGGAACCUACGGUCGAGCGAAUGUAAAUUUAGAUAGUGGUUAUAGUUAUUUCUUGCCUAACAAUUACCACAACCGUUGGCCAAUGAAAUAUUCAUGACUAAUUAUUAAGAGACUCGUUAAAAUUUGAGCAGGGAUACGAAGUGUCUACGCUUUAACACUAGAAUCACCAAAUGAGUUAACUACUUGUUCUUGAUUUAUUACUUUGUAGGUACUACAAAAGUUUUUACAAAUUCUUUCUUGAGACAUUAUUAUAGACAGUUUAUUUAGAUUCUGAAAAUUGAAGGUUUGGGAAUGAACGAAUCAAUGAAAACCCGAAUGAGCACAUGCUUAUAGCUUAAACGCUUGGCAGUUCUAGCGUUGGGAGCUUUAUCACGAAUUUCAAGCGAAAUCAGUUAUGUUUAAUGCUAGAACUAUCUAGUGUUUAAUAUAACUGAUACGUAAUCCCUCGAAAAAUUCGGACAAAAGAUUAUUUUCAGUUUCUUCAUACAUUGACUAUAGUAUUUAAGCGAAACUAUUUUCAAAAUGAUUUCGAAUAUUCAAUGCUUUUAAGAUAUUAAU